AAAUUAAGCGGUAGGAUUACAUGAUUCAACCCCUGGAAACGAACUUUGAUAAGAAUGCGACGAAGGAAGUUCAGUGUUCCUUUUGAGGAAAGAACUCAUAGAUCACUGGCUCCUGUGUCACCAUUUCGGCGAUACGUUGUUUUAGAGAGAUGGCCUAUGUUUGCCCAGUGCUGCCGUGCAGCCGAUUAGAAGAGAAGAACUUUAAAAUUCAAUAUUGCUGUGAUUCACCACUAUUACUUCGGCGGAAAACUGUCGAUGAAUUGUAGCUUGCGCAACGUUAUCCAAUGUGCGGCUUAUGUAAACUUCUGUCUUCUGUUUUUGAAAGUUGAGGUCAUCCAAAUAGUGCAUCGCAUAUCCAUGACAACGCUUUUUCUAACAAAAGGAGCAACUUGGGAAUGCGUUCCUUUAUUCGUUUUAAAAGCUUAGCUUUAACAACAACUUCGAUACUUUUGCAAGAAAUAUUAGUUAGUCAAUUUGAUCAGCCACAUUCGAUUUCAUCGAGAACUAGCUAAUUGAGCCACAUCGGACUUGAAAAUCGUCGAAUCGGAGGUGAUCAUGACUCUAAUGAAACACAUCGCGACCAUAUGUUCGAUCCUGGCGGCGUUUUUUGCGGAGGUGGCUUGUGAAUGUUCGAUGGCAAACGUAUGUGUCCCUGGGCCUGUGAAUGCAGCCCGGUUAGUGAAACACACUGUGAAAGCCACAAGUACGUGCGGAAAUCCACCGGCCUAUUACUGCCAUUUCGAACCCUUGAACGGAGAUUGCACCUUAUGUAGCGGCACUAACCAUUCGGUGGACAAGAUGACCGAUGGUGACUUAGAAACGAGCUGGCAAUCAGUAACUUGGUGGGAAUGGUACAAGAAUAACAACAACACAAACAAACCAUUCGUGGUAGAUGUUACUCUUUCCUUCAACAAGAGUUAUGCUAUCACGGGAGAAAUUCGUAUUACUUUUAACUCUCCUCGACCGUUUAAAAUGAUUCUGGAAAAGUCUGCGGAUAAAGGAUUAACGUGGACACCUUUGCAAUACUACGCCGACGACUGCCAGGAGAAAUUCAACUUAUCCAACACGCUUGUCGAAAGCAUAACAAAGGGUAACUUUGGUCUUCAAUGUGUGCAAGCCUACAGCUCUGCAACGCCUCAAAAAGGCGGCCAGGUAGUGUUUGACUUUUUGCGACGUUACGAGAAAGCUGACUUCUGGAACGGAACACUGCAAGAAUAUUUCACGAUUACGGAUCUUCGGUUGCGAUUGUUGUAUCCUGGUACAGAUGGACUGGAGAAUGUUGAUAAUGUAGUCGAAAACAUCUUUAAUCAGUACUUUUAUUCAAUCGCAGAUAUUAGAGUGAAUGCCCGAUGUCAGUGCCACGGGCACGCAGAGUACUGUGAUUUCCCGUAUACGAAUGGAUCACUUUGUGAUUGUCUACACAAUACAGCGGGUGAAGAUUGUGAGAGGUGUAAACCACUCUUCAACAAUCAAGCCUGGAGGCCGGCAUACUCAAACAGCGAACCUAAUCCGUGCGAAGAAUGUUUGUGUUACGAUCAUGCUGAUAGUUGUCACUACAACAAAACCCUUAAUCAUGGUAUCUGUGACGACUGUUACCAUAACACCACAGGGAUGUUUUGUGAACGUUGUCGUGAAAAGUUUUAUCGCAAUAUGAGCAAGCCACUAAAUGAUCCUGAAGUGUGCCUACCUUGUGACUGCUUCAUGUUUGGAAUUAUCAACAAUGGAACAUGUAAUCAGACAACAGGACAAUGCAAAUGCAAGCAAAAUGUGACAGGUCGGCAGUGUGAUCAUUGUGCGGACACCUUUUGGGGUUUUGAACUACCCCUAUUAGGGGAUUGUAGAGAGUGCAGUUGUAAUGGUAAUGGAACAGUGAAUGGAAGCUUAAGCUGUAAUCAGAUAUUCGGGGAGUGUCCAUGCAAGAAUAAUAUUCAUCAACGUACUUGCUCAGAGUGCAAAGAUGGUUAUUACUCAUUUCCAAAAGCCAUUGAAAGUGACUGUCUUCAGUGUGACUGUGACUAUGGUGGAAGUGUACAGGAGAUCUGUGAAAAAAUGAAUGGAACUUGCCUUUGUCGAAGCCAUAUUGAAGGAGAACGGUGUACUGCAGUUAGAGCAGGGUUUUAUGUUGCUUCCUUUGACCACCUGAAAUAUGAAGCUGAAGAUGCUAUGGGCAAUUAUGAAGCCACCUCUAAUUUCACUGGGGUGGACCAGGAAUUUACUGGCAGGGGCUAUGGAAAAAUUGGAUUCAACCAAUUUAUUUCUUUCAACGUCAACUUAUCCACAAGCUUCAGGGACUUCUACAUAGUUAUUCGCUACACCCACACUGAGAAAGCCAACUUAUCACUUCUACUCUCUAUUAGUUCUUGCAAUGAAAAAAAUUGCUCUGAGUCAAAUAAUUUUUCGAUCUCAGAUGUGCCUUAUGGAGUUGGAUUAGCUUGGAUAUCAGAGGAGGCUGUGUCUUUUGUAAGAGGCCAAGUGUAUCAUUUGAACUUGAGCUAUGUCAGUGGAAUGUACCAAAACACAUCCAUUGAAAUAGACUCUUUAAUUUUACUUCCGAAUGUGAGAGAUGUUAGGAUUUAUGAGAUUGCUAACAGAUAUGGUUCUGUUCAUGGCAUGGCACUGCAACAGAUUGAAAAUUGCUGGAACAAAUCCACCACCAUAUCUGGGUCUCAAAGUGGUUUUGACACAGCAGUAUGUCAGAAUGUUACCUUCUCUGCAAUGGCUGAAGUGUUUGAUGGAGCUAUUGCUUGUUCUUGUAACAGUACUGGCACUAAAAAUGGUACCACCUGUCACAAGCAAGGAGGUCAGUGUCACUGCAAGCCAGGAGUGACAGGACAUGCAUGUGAUCGUUGCAAACCAGGAUAUUUUAACUUUACUGGAAGUGGAUGUACAGCUUGUGGAUGCAGUGGUGUGGGCUCAUCAGAUCUGGUCUGUGAUCCUGUAUCUGGUCAAUGUCCAUGUAGGCCCGGUGUUGUAACAAGGACAUGCAGCAGGUGCAAUGCAACCUACUAUGGUUUUCAAUCAGGACAGGGCUGUGUUGAGUGUAAAUGUAAUGCAAGUGGUUCUUCAGACCUGCAGUGUGAUGAUGUUAGUGGUGUGUGCCCAUGUAAGAACAGCACCACUGGGUCAAAAUGUGACAUGUGUCGUAAAAACUUCUUCAAUUUCACAUCAGAGGGAUGCCAACCAUGUAACUGCCAUGAGGGUGGUUCCAGCUCAAUGCAGUGCCAUCUUAACACAGGGAUCUGUAAAUGCAAAGCCAAUGCCGAAGGAGGAAAGUGUGAGAGAUGCAAAAAUGGAACUUACAAUAGUGACCCACAAAAUCCAGAUGGAUGCUCUCCAUGUUUCUGUUUUGAUCGAUCCAAUGUUUGUUCCUCUGCUGUUGGCUUUAUUAAAGAUUAUAUUAUGGUCAACUUCUCAACACUGAAUCACGUUAAUAAACCAGGAAAUCUGCACGUGCUAUCGGAAAAUAAUGGUAAUACCUUUAAAAUUGAUUUUCCAUCCAACAGCAAUGUGACAGUUAUUGUUAAGAAUAAUUUUCAGGGAAACCAACUUUCUUCUUACAGUCAGUUAUUCAUAAUUGACUAUGUUGAGGCUGACAGUUUAAAUGCUUCUUGGAUCAUCACACUGAAAAACACUCUGGAUCGUGAGGCGCGCUUCAGCAUAGUGUCUUCUCUUUCCUCGUCAAACAAGGAAUAUCACGCACUUCUUCAUGAACGUAACACCCUCAACAACUUAUCUGCUUUUGACUUACAAAGUAUCCUAGUGGAUAUCGAUUCUGUUGAAAUACAAGGACGUUUCAUAGCCAAUGGCUCUGUUACAAUAGCUGCAAAGAUGGUUACUGCUACCAGAGGUGUUGGAGAAGAAGUAAGAUAUGUUGAAAACUGCACCUGCCCCUACAAUUACACAGAGUUGUCAUGUGGAUAUUGCAAUUCAGGAUUUACUCGCCGACCUCCUAACCCGAGUCACUCGUCAAGAGUGUUCAGCUCGUGCGUGCUGUGUUCAUGCACUGGUCGUUCAAAGGAGUGUUUCCCUGAGAAUGGCACGUGUUACAACUGUCGCAUGGGAUCUGAGGGUGAGCACUGUGAGAGGUGUCAACCUAGUGUGGAUAACACUACCGACUGCAGACGUUGUGUACCUGGUUAUUUUGGAUUGACCCCUUCGUCUGGUGGCUGUCGAGACUGUGACUGUGUUGAACCCAACACACUGUACGGAAAUAGUACUGUAUGUAAUGAGACAACCGGCCAGUGCACAUGCAAGCCAAGAAUUGGUGGACGGCGAUGUGACCGGUGCCAUGAGAACGCCUACAACACGAGCAGAGGAUGUGUUGAUUGUCCUGAGUGUUACCGUCUGAUUUACGAGGAUGUCAAGAAACUUCGAGUGAGUUUACUUGCCUUGGACGACACUAUUGAGCGGCUUCGCAAUGGAAAUAUCGGUGAUGCUUCCUUCGCACAUCGGCUUGACGAGUCUAACAAGGAUGUCAGCAAUUUGGUGGAUGAUGCAAAACUUUCUCGAGAAGUUGAGAAUAACGUCACAAAUCAAAUUAUGCAGCUAAAUGAGUCUCUUAAUCAUCUAGAACAAGUCUUAAUGCACGAGGUUACUCCUGGUGUCAACACACUAUCAGAUAACCUCACUGCUAUGGAACGGAAUAAGAACAAAACAGAGGAGCUAAUCCAGCUGAUAAAGGGAGCAGUUAACGACAGCUUUGAUAUUCUGAACAUGUCUGUUGAUUCCGCUGUCCGCAAGGCUGAGAUUAUCACCAUUUAUCUCAGUAAGCUGGUGCCCAGGUUCACUGCACUGGCAAACAAUUUCACGGGAGCAGCCGCCAGUCAGAAUGAAACAGCCUAUGAGAUCCAACAUAAGGUUGAUAACGCUAGUUCUCGGGCAGAGAAGGCUCAGCUAGUGGCCGUCAACACCAUAACGGACCAAAAGGAUCUUGAUCUCUCCCUCCAGACUCUGAAAAUGCAUGGUGAUGUCAUACAAGCCUUGGGUGAAUACGUGAAUUC